CACAGACAGACAGAUAAGUGUUUCCCAGAGAGAGAGAGAGACAAGUGGCAAUGGCGUCUGUAGCUUCUUCCACCACUCUCAUCUCCUCUACUAGGAUUCUUCUCCCAGCCACCAAGUCUCCGCUUCUUCCAUCUCCCUCCCUCUCCUCUCCUUCCCCAUCCGCUUCUCUCCGGCUCGCUCAUCCCUCUCCCCUCACCUCAAUCCGCUCCACUUCUCGCCGGAGCUUCGCUGUCAAGGCCCAAACCGAUGAUCUUCCAUUGGUUGGAAACAAGGCGCCUGAUUUUGAGGCAGAGGCUGUGUUCGAUCAGGAGUUCAUCAAGGUUAAGCUCUCUGAGUACAUUGGGAAGAAGUAUGUGAUUCUCUUUUUCUACCCCUUGGACUUCACUUUCGUCUGCCCAACAGAGAUUACUGCCUUCAGUGACCGGUAUGCAGAAUUUGAGAAGUUGAACACAGAAGUGUUAGGUGUCUCUGUUGAUAGUGUGUUCUCCCAUCUUGCUUGGAUUCAAACAGACAGAAAAUCUGGAGGACUUGGUGAUCUCAACUAUCCCCUUAUAUCAGAUGUCACUAAAUCAAUCUCAAAAUCUUUUGGAGUUCUCAUCCAUGAUCAGGGAAUAGCGUUGAGAGGCCUUUUCAUAAUAGACAAGGAAGGAGUGAUCCAACAUUCAACCAUCAACAAUCUUGGUAUUGGCCGAAGUGUUGAUGAGACAAUGAGAACCCUUCAGGCAUUACAGUACAUCCAGGAGAACCCUGAUGAAGUCUGCCCUGCAGGAUGGAAACCAGGGGAGAAGUCAAUGAAACCUGACCCCAAGCUCAGCAAAGAGUAUUUCUCAGCUAUUUAGAAAUAUCUACGAAACCUUUGUUAUAUGUGAGCUGAGUGUUUUUUUUUCUAAAGCGCCGAACAAUCCUUUGUUUGAAUCUCCGCUUUGUCCCCUAGAAUCCUUAAAACAUCAUUUCCAUUAAUAAAGUCUUGUUAUCUCCA